AUGGAGAUAAUGGUGAUGGCCGCCGCCGAUCGUUCACCGUUCACACCCUCUGGGUCGACACCGAAGAUUACGCCAGAAAAUGGGUUCUGGACAUGCAAAAUUAAGAAGAUCCGUAAACAACGUCCUAUCAUCGUCGCUCUCUGCGCCGAUCGCAGUUACAACUACGCCGACAGCGCCACCAUGAACUACUAUAACAAAGAGUACAAAGAUCGGGAGUACGAUUUACUACAGAUUUGCAUUGAAGAUCAAUGCCUUGUUGUGAAAUUGGAUCGAAGGGGUGGUUGUUGGUACACUAGGUUUAACUGUAAAACGCUGAAGGAAUUUCUCCUCGAUCAUCGCGUGACGGUGGUCGGAGUUGGAUUAGAGAAUUUGGUGGAGCGGUUUGAGGAGGAUUACGGCUGGGAAAUGCCCAAGAUUGUGGACCCUAGAGAUUUGUGGGCCCAAGCCCAAGCCCAAUCCCAGGCCCAGGUCCAAUAGGUGAGGAAGAAUUUGAAUCGAUUUGGGAUAGCGAGGUUGGCGAAGGUGGUGCUCAGAGAAGAGAUGAAUCUGGUGAAGCUUGCCAAAAUCAAAUGGUGGUCUCAUCCGUACAAUUCUAACAACCCGCCGAGAUUUCAUUCCGAUGACGUGAUCAAGUAUGCCACCGUCGAAGCUUUUCUUGUUUUUCAAAUGGGUAUUAAGCUGGUUCGGGACACUAAAAACUAGUAAUACGACGUCGUCUCAGCUGGAUCAUCGGGAUGAUUAGAGAUAUAGUUAGUUAGCUUAAACUCUAAAGCUAGCUAUAGUAAAGUAGAAAUUUUCUUAUUCAUUUACAGUCACCAUUACUUACAACUUUACUAUUAAUUGACUUUGUUAUAAUUUCAUUGUUUUGAACAGACUUUUUAGACAAUGAUUUGUGAUUUUGGUGAUUCAUCAAUCAUCAAUAAAAUAGUUUCCUGUUGAUA